AUGGAGCCAGAAGCCUUAGAAAUUUGCCCUUACAAUCCGCACCACCGGAUUCCCCUCAGCAGAUUCCAGUACCACCUGGCAUCAUGCAGGAGAAAGAACCCAAAAAAAGCCAAAAAGAUGGCCAGCUGCAAAUACAACGCCUGCCACGUGGUCCCCAUCAGAAAGCUAGAGGAGCACGAGGCUUCCUGUGCCAACAGAAGCUCCCUGGAGGAAGACGACAACUUGAGCCCUCUGAAAGGCGGUCUCCCAGGCCCACGGCAGGAAGACGACCCCCUGCAUACUUUUGUCCCACAAAAGCUGGUUUGUGAAAGUGAUGCGAGAGAGUCAGAGAAAGAGACCAACCCCCAGAAGAUCCUCAGACCAGGACAGUAA